AUGCGCCAAUACGCGUCACCAGGGAAAACUUUCGCGUUGACGCAAACCGAUUUCGCUGGAUGGGACGUCAAAGACAAAUUCUCCGGCUUUAUUACAGAGGCAUCCUCGUUAGACGAUGGACUGAGCGUCCUUACGGGAAUCCUUGAGGAACCGGUGCAGGUGAACUCCAGUCCGCUGCUGGGUGAGAGGCUGAAUGAAUUGCUGCGUCUGCGCCAGGCAGGAGACCCCACCUUUGCGAAUGCCACAGCAGUCAUCGAGCAGACCAUCAGAGUAGAGACACCGCAUGCAAAGGAGGAGCCUACACGGAGCGUGACCUUCGGGGAGUUGAAGGUUAUCGUGGACGCGGCCGCCGCCAGACUACAGACGCAGCUCUCCCAUCUGCCAUUCAGCCGGGAUCUCGCCAAGUUGACCGACUGCACCGCGCUGUCAGCUGAGAGACGGGCGCAAAUUGAGCGCUUACAGGAACGCAGCCUGGUUAUCAUUUGCAUGCCGGCAAGCUUGGGCCGCGUGGUGAUUCAGUUGGCCUGUAUGAAGUUACGUCUGGCCUACACUCCAGUCGAUCGUCACUUCCCCCAAAAACAAAUUUCUCGAAUACUGCACGAAUUUGAACCCGUUGCCUGCAUUGUUGAACAAGACUCUGAAGAUGGCAGCAUAUUCCUAUCCAAUCAGGGCAUCGAAUUUUCCAUGUUGAUCAACAGUAGCGAACUGUUUAGUUGGGAGUACUUGAAACAGCUCAGAGAUGAAUCCGACUGCAAUGCAACACAGGGCUGCUGUCCGCUCUUCGCCACCGUUACUGAUCCCGUCAUUCUGGUACUCUUCACCUCAGGCAGCACCUCACCCACUCCAAAAGGCGUUGCCCUGCGAAACCGUCAGCUUAUGAACCGUCUUGCCUGGCAAUGGAGCCCGGCCUCGCCCCUGGCUGGUCUGACAGGACCCAGUCUAACGAAAACCUCCUGGCUCUUUGUGGACGCCUUCACAGAAGUCUUCGGGGCUCUGCUGGCCGGUCGGCCUCUCCUCCUUCCCCUCUCUCCCCGUGGUCAUCUCUCCACCGUCCAGAUCCUGGAGGUUCUCGUUGUGAGUGGCCAGUUAUUGCCCGUGCGCCUGGCGACCGACGUUUUUCGCAUCUUCGCUAAGAUAAGCAGACUUCGGCUGGUCAACCUCUACGGCAGCACUGAGGUGGCCGGUGAUGUGACGGUGGCAGUGUUUGACAGUCUGGAGGAAGUUCUUGCCAGUCGUGAGGCGGAGAGUUCAGCUGAAGCUGACGGUGCCUUCUUUCUGCCUGUUGGACUGCCCAUCCAAAACUGCGAGGUUUACGUUCUGACGCGACGCUCAGAUGAAGGCGACGACUGUGAUGAGCUGAGGGUGCUUCCACGAGGAGAAACCGGGGAGGUUUAUGUUUCGGGUGCCGCGGUACGCACUGACGGCAAAGUCUAUGCUGAAGCAGUAAAAUCCGCCCAAGCGCUCCCGGGACAGGCUGUAAUUACUCCCACUUUACCCAACGCCUUCGCCUCAAGAUCAGGCUUCCAAGUUCUUUUCCGAACUGGUGACAUUGGUUUCGUGUCGCCUAACAAUGGUCAACUUUACGUGUGUGGACGUUGUGACGACACGGUGAAGGUGAACGGGGUCAAAUGCAACCUCACCGCCAUAGACAACUUCCUAAUGGGCGUAAUUGAUGAUGUGAUUAGUAAUCCCAACUCACAGCAUCGACGAUUCGCUUCUCUGCGGGCCACGAUCACACUGCUGAUCGAGAACGUGCAACGCAAAGCACAACUUGUGUGCUUCUACACGCGAAAAGACUGCAGUUCAACAACGGCGGUGGAUGGCGGAAGUUUUACAAGUUUGGAUCUUGCAAAGCUGAUCGGUGGAAACCUGUCCUCUUUUGUGAACGUCAAAAUUGUGCAGGUAGGCCUACUAUUGCUUGGCUGGGAAAAACCAAGACAUUGA